AACAUGCUGAUAGUAGCGGUGAAGUUGGACACAAAUUCACCUGUUAUGCUUUUCCCCCUUAACGCGUUUGUUCUCAGCAGAGCUCCGGACGGCUUUCGGCUUGAAAAGCGCCAUUUCCAUACUCUAUCUAAAUGACUCUGGCGAACACAUGUUCCUUUAUAUAUAUGUGUAAUGCCUUGCACUAGCCUGAAAUCUCCAGCAACGCUAUCAUUUCCUUGUGUCUGACUAUAAUUUAUGCAACGGCUAUUUUGUCUAGGACAAUGAGCAGGACUAGGUAGUAGGCACACAUCAUAGGAAUGGGAAUACAUUGGCGCUGGCCUGACGUCUUAACGUUAGGCUUCGCGGUGCUCGCUCUGGCCAGCUGCAGCCAUGUUGAUGCAAGCGAAGCGGGCGGCACGGCAGUCGACUUUGAAACCGUGUGGUUGCGGCGUGUUGCAGCGUUUAACCAAACGCACCAAAACAAUGGUACUGACAUCGCGGUGGUCAGCUUAGAUAGCAUCCUGGAGACCGCCCAGUAUCUCUUCGCGGCUCCCACGUCGUUGAACGAGUCUUUCCAUACAGCUCCUGAGCUGCAGGAUGACACGUUUUGGGAAGCGGUCGGCAUAACCCGGCAGCUGGCGGGACUAAACACAACGGAAGUGGCAGCGAGCGACGUGGAGUCGCUGCUAGACUCCUUGACCGCCAAGGUUGCCAAGCUGCCCAACGAGCUCUGCUGGCCAGUUCUGCGCCGCUUCAUAGCCGCCGCGCUGCUGCAGUGGCGCCGUCGCCAUGGCCCAUACAGCGCAGCUGCACAAGCAGCCAUAGUACGCCUUUGCUCGCAGCUCUUCUCCGUGCACAAGCGGGCGGCAGGGCGCAAAGGCGUCAUCGACUUCUUCCACGUCUCUAAGGCUGGCGGGACCACCUUCUGCCAGCUCGCAAAGCUCAACGGCUGCCGGACGCAGUCCUUUGCCGCGCGCCGCAACUGCCUAGUCCGCGAGUUCGAUGACGUGCCGCGCUGGGUGAACAACUCGCUGCACGUAUCUCUGGCGCCGGAGGGGCUGCGCACCCCCUGGUUCGCCAACUGGGGCAAGCCGCGCAACUCCGUAUCCUGCCGCAUCCGCAAGCGCUUCCUUCUGCGCCGCCGCUACAACAUCUUCGCCAAUGAGUUCACCCUGUACGGCGGCUUCCGCUUCCCCCGCAACACACACGUCUGCCCGGGGCACCUCAACGUGCUGCAGCUGCGCCACCCGCAGACCCGCCUGCGCUCGCACCUCAUGUGGGUCUGGGCGCUGUACGACCACACCUUCAAGGAGCAGGCCUCCGCGUUCUUCCCGACCCGCGGGUCAGAGCAUUGGCAGGCGCUCAUGCCCGCCGUCCUGCACAACUACUACAUCCGCUCUCUGCUGGGCGAAGCGGUGUACUACCUGCCGGCGGAGAAUCUCACGCAGGCGCACCUGGCCGCCGCCCGGCUGGCCAUGACGCAGUUCGAUGUGGUGGUGCUGCUGCAGCGGAACCAGCUGGAUCUGGAGCUGUAUCGGUUCGGGUCGUUGUUGACGUUGCUGGAUUCAGUUGUGUUUGAUCUGGCACGGG